AUGCAGGCCAUGCCUUUCCGGCAGUCAACGGAUCGGGAUAACUGGUCUACCAACUUGCGGGAGAAGCUCAUGAAAUUCGCCAGCGAGUGUGGCUGGAGCCACCCUAAUUUCCGGUCUGUGAACGAGGAGGACAUUUUUCAAGAAUGGCGUGAGCGCCAAAACGGGAGGAAUAGGGACGACGAGGUCCAGGUUAACUUCUCAACGGGUCCUGAUGCAAUUUUCGAGACCAUGGAUGAUGAGUACAUAGAAUUGGCCAGAGUGGCUAUGUCUCGUUACUUUAGGAAUGAAGUGCCUCGUGUUGAACGUGAGGACACUGACUCUGGCUCCGAUGCUUUAGACUCCGAUUCUCCUGGCUCUUCCGGCUUCGAGUUCUCAGACUCUGACUGGUGGUCGUAG